GAUUCGACAAGUGUAGGAAGUCACUCGUAAGUCGUACCAAACACAUGGGAAAAUGCAUCAUCUUCUUAGUACCUCAGAAAAAGCACUCCCUGCAACUCCUCGUCAGUCUACUCAUCUUCCUUAUCCGAUUCAUCGCUGAUCUCCAUCUGAAGAAUGGAACAGAUACAGCACAGACACGUCGACAUAAGAGGACUCAAGCAUCAUAUCGCCGAGAUUGGAACCGGUUCUGUUGUGGUGGUUUUCUUGCAUGGAUUCCCUGAGAUAUGGUACUCGUGGAGACACCAGAUGAUCGCAGUCGCUGAUGCUGGUUUCCGGGCCAUCGCUCCUGAUUGCAGAGGCUAUGGACUCUCCGAACAGCCUCCCGAACCGGAAAAAGCAUCUUUCAUGGACCUUGUUCAAGAUCUCGUCGUCAUGCUUGAUUUGUUUGGCAUCUCAAAGGCUUUCUUGGUUUCGAAGGAUUUUGGAGGUCUCACCGCUUCGAUAUUUGCCAUCCUUCAUCCAGAAAGAUUGCUGGGAUUCAUAACAUUAGGCGUACCAUUUCGCACUCCUGGUCCCCAGUCAGUCCGCCAAGAUCUCCUCCCUGAAGGCUUCUACAUAUCGAGGUGGCGGGAGCCUGGAAGAGCUGAAGCGGAUUUUGGACGGUUUGAUGUCAAGACUGUAGUGCGUAACAUUUACAUUCUCUUCUCCAAAAGUGAAAUCCCGAUAGCUGGUGAACAUCAGGAGAUCAUGGACCUGGUUGGUCCAUCCACCCCUUUACCGCCCUGGUUCACGGACGAUGAUCUGACAGCCUAUGCAAUGUUAUAUGAGAAAUCUGGAUUCCGUUUACCUCUGCAAGUGCCAUAUAGGACGCUGAAGGAAGAACUAAAUUUAACAGACCCUAAAGUUCAAGUUCCAGCGUUGCUGAUCAUGGGUGAGAAGGACUAUGUCUUCAAAUUCCCAGGAAUUGAGGAUUACAUAAAGAGCGGAAAGGUGAAAGACUAUGUCCCAGAUUUGGAGAUCAUAUACAUUCCUGAAGGAUCACAUUUCGUUCAGGAACAGUUCCCAGACCAGGUUAACGAGCUCCUCAUCAGCUUCCUGAACAAGUACUCUACUGCAGGAAAGUGAUUGUAGUAUUCUGUAUUCCAUCCUUACAUUUUUGUCUGGGAUACUUGGGAUGGUCAUAUAGUGGUAUGGAUAAAUCAUAGUCUCAUGACGGCCGUAUUAUGAAGUUUGAUUUUCACUUUGGACUGCAGGAUGAUGAAAUGAAAUUUCAGAUGCCU